AUGAACAAUCCUGCUUCUGUCAAUAUGAGUGACCUUAUGGAUAGUCACAAUAAGACUGCUAAUGUAAAUAACUCAACAGAUAAUUAUAAUGAAUCUACUAACAUAGAUAACUCUUUGAAAAAUUACAAUAUCAAUAAUUAUGAUAUUGAUGACAUAUUAAUCUCUAAUGACUCUACUUCAAUAUCUUUUGUACUAGUAUCAUCCGUUACCAAUUUUGAUACUGGCUUGACAAAUAGUACAACUACCAAUAUUAUUAGCCAAACUAACAGUGAAACUUCUAGCCAAAUUGCAUUACCAAA